CGGACUUUUGAGUCUUGACAGCAGUGGGGUCCGCUCACUGCGGUUUCUCUUGCUGCCGGCUGUCCGCCGACAGGUGGAGCCUCGUGAGGGCAUCGAGCCCACACAGUCGGCGACAGUCCGUCGCCGCGCGCGGACCGCGCAGGACCCGGACCGGGCAUAGCCAAGGGCGUCAAGCGACUCCUCGAUAGGGCCGGGGAGGGCGGUCGAGAUCGAGGUUCCUCUGACGACAAAAUGGCCGGGAAGCUAUUCGCACUGCUUCUUGCCGCCGCGCCGCACGGCCCGGCCGCCUUUGCGCCCACGCCGGGGCCCACCCUCGAGCAGUGCACAUCAUUCCUCUCGACCGGGCUGGAGCAGCCGGUGUGCACAAGCAUCCCUGAGACGGCGGCACACCAGCUCAAGCUCAUCGAGAGUGCGGCCUUCAUCCUGCUGACCACCACGGCCCACCGAGUUUACCAGUCGGAGCGCUUGUGGUGCUGGGACUACGACAUUUACACCGGCGGGCCAAAGGACGGGCAGCUCUACCCCUCUGGCCGACCGUAUCUCUUUGCAGACUUUGUCACUUUUGCGGUGCAGCUGAUCGACUUGCUGGAGGCCAUCCAGGCGACGCCGUGCGUCCAUCGAGGCGACAAGCUUCGCGCCACGCUUCUGGCCGCGCCGGAGGCGCCGCCGCUCGUCUGGUACAAGGAGACGUUCCUGCCGAUGGCGGCCGACUAUGCUUCCUGCGGGUACGGCGAGCCGGCGAGCGAGGACUUGGCGCAGUUGCUCGACGAGAAGCGCGAGCUCAUUGACGAGCCCGAGGACGGCUGCCCGAAGGGCGUCAUCUCGGACGCGGACACGGACCACAACGUCUUCAACGAGUGGGGCAUGUGCUACAAGAGCCCCCACAACUCGGGCCAGCCGCGCAACCCCUUCGAGAUGGCGCGCGCGCGCGCGCCCACGGUGGCCGCGCCGCCGCCGCCGGCGGCGGAGGCGACGGCGGCGGAGGCGGUGGAGGUGGAGGCGGAGGCGGCGGAGACGCCGGAGGUGACCAUGGCGGAGGCGGAGGUGGCGCCAGCGGAGGCGGCGGAGGCGGAGGCCGUUCCAGCGGAGGUGACCAUGGCGGAGGCGGCGCCGGCGGAGACCGCGCCCGCGCCCGCGCCCGAGGUCGUGCUGAGCUCAAACGGAGGAAGGUACAGCGCGUCGCUGCCGCUGGUUCCAUCCAAGCAAGAAAUCUUGAGGCUGCGAGCCUCGGACGGCACAGCGCGCCUCACGCUGUUGCCAGAGGGCGAGAUGACUCGCUUCCUCCUCCUCACGCUGUACGCGGAGGAGCGGACACGCUCGUACGAGGCAACUGCCCUCGGCAUGGCGGCGCAUGGCACGCUGGUGCCGCUCGCGCACUCGACUGCUCGGCCCGGCGGCAUGGGCGCGGCCAGCGCAGAGCUCCCGGUGUUGCAGCUUCCUGUCCUGCUGCAGGGGUACAGCGAGUACGAGCUGACGGUGCGGAGCAAAGGCGCGGAGAGGGAUCCGCCACCGCAGCUCGAGUUUCGGCGCGCGUGCGCGGGCUGCCGCGCUGCGAUGGGCGGCACCGCCCCAGACACUGCCCACUUUUGGGUGAUGUCGCUGCUGCUGCUGCUGCUCGGUCUCAACGACCCGCUCUACGCCGCUUGCCUCGCGCGCGGGGGGGACCUCACCCUUCAGGCCGCUUCGGCGUGGGCGGAGGCCUGCUUCUCCGCCCUCCUCCUCCUGUUUUGGCUGGCGCACGCCGACUCGAUGUGCGGCCCCCGACUGGCAGGCGUCUUCUUCCUCUUCGCCGCACCGCCGCCCUUCGGCCGCACCGAGUCCGAGUCGCUCCUCGCGCACUAUAGCGGCGCGGGCGAGUCGGUGCACGAGCAGGACACGGUCGCCGUCGGCCUCGCGUGCGCUGUCGCGUGCAUUGCCCUGUGA